AUGGUGCGGCUCACGCGCCGAACGGGCGCGACACCAUCGCAGUCUGGGCGUCACGAAUCGCCUCCCACCGAACCUCAUGGCGAGACGGACCAACUCGCCGAUGAGAUGAACCCCACACAGCAGCAGCUGCCACCGCCGACGUUUGCGGCCAAGAGCGAGGCGGACCACAUCAAGAUCAUGCUCGCCACCGACAACCACGUCGGCUACAUGGAGCGCGACCCCGUGCGCGGGCAGGACUCGAUCCGCACAUUCGAGGAGAUCCUCCAGCUCGCGGUGGAGCACGAUGUGGAUCUCAUCCUGCUCGGAGGCGAUCUGUUUCACGAGAACAAGCCGAGUCGAUCGACGCUCCACCAGACAAUGUCCUUGCUGCGCCAGUAUACGCUCGGAGACAAGCCGAUUGCCGUGGAGCUGCUCAGCGACCCCAACGACGGCGCCAUGCCCGGCAACCACUUUCCCGCCGUCAACUAUGAAGAUCCCAACCUCAACGUCAGCAUUCCCGUCUUCUCCAUCCAUGGCAACCACGACGAUCCGCAGGGUGUGGGCGAGACCGGCGCACUGUCGGCGCUCGAUCUGCUCUCCGUCUCGGGUCUGAUCAACUACUUUGGCCGAGUCGAGCUGCCGUCGGACGAUGCUACCGCCGGCGCCUCAUCAGCCAAGACGGCUCGUGGAGGCGCAUUUCAGGAGAAAGGAAUCCGCAUCAAACCGGUGCUGCUGCAAAAGGGCGAAACGAGGCUCGCGCUGUACGGCAUGGGCAACAUCAAGGACGAGCGCAUGCACUUUGAGCUGCGCGCCAACCGCGUGCGCAUGUAUCGGCCGCAGGAGGAUCCAGACUCGUGGUUCAACAUUCUGUGCGUGCACCAGAACCGCGUGGCGCACAAUCCCAAGGCAUGCGUGCCCGAAACCAUGUUUGAUGACUCGAUCCACCUGGUGGUGUGGGGCCACGAGCACGAGCAGAUGAUCCAGCCGCAGCCGGUCACCGAGAAGCGCUACCACAUCACCCAACCCGGCAGCAGCGUCGCCACCAGCCUCAGCCAGGGCGAGACCGUCGAAAAGUGCGUCGCCAUUAUCCACGUCGAGAAAACCGACUUUCUCAUCGAACCCGUCCCGCUCCAGACGGUGCGUCCGUUUGUGAUGGACGACAUGGUGCUGUCGGAAGAACUCGAAGAGUCCGGACUGUCUUCGGAACGCAGCGACAUCAUCAAGCUGCUGCGCAAGCGCGUCGGUGGUCUCAUCGACCGGGCCAAGCGCGAGUUCAAGGAGCGCCACCCACAGCGCGAGAUGCCGCUGCCCCUGGUACGCCUGCGCGUCGAGUACACCAACCAGGAGAUCAGCAACCCUCAGCGCUUCGGCCAGGAGUUUGCCGGCAAGGUGGCGAAUCCCAAGGAAGUGCUGCAGUUCACCAAGCGCAAGAGCCUCCGCAGCGGACGCCGGGGUGGCGACGGCGAUGCAGCCAACGGCAAGAGCGCAUACGUGGAUGUGGAAGAGGAGGGCCUACUGGCGGUGGAGCGGCUGGAAAAGGUGGACGUGGGCAAGCUGGUGCAAGAGUAUCUGCAAGCGCAGAACCUCGACAUUCUCAAUCCCGAGGGUCUGGAAGGAGCGGUGCUCAACUUUGUCGAGAAGGACGACCGCGAGGCGAUCGACAGCUUUGUAACCAAGAUGCUGCGAAAUACGGUCAAGGGGCUGGUGACGAUCGAUCCGGAGGAGUCGCGCAUCGAUGGCGAGCUCGAGCGGCUGCGUCAACACCACCAGCAACAGCGCCAGCAGAUGGAAGAGAUGGACGUCGAAGACGACGCUCCCAGUACGAGGAGGGGCGCACGCGGACACGAGUCGGAUGAUUCCAUGAUGGACGAGCUCGUCGAGCCGCCUGUAACACGCACACCCGCACGCGCCAGAGGCAGAGCUGCUCCGCGCCGGGCAGAACAAGAGGACCAAGACGACUUUGACGAAGAACUCGACGACGCUCGACCUGCUGGUGGUGGUCGAAGAAUCGCCGGCUCCAGCAGGGUUGCCAAGGCUGCAGCGCCUGCACGAGGGUCUCGUGCGACCACCUCUCGAACGCGCACGUCUGCUCCUGCGCCAACGUUCCUCGGCCAAGAAUCAGCGUAUGCAGACGAGCAGGACGAUUCGGACGUGGGGGUGGACGAGUCGCGCUCCACACCGGCACCACCCGCUCGAGGCCAUGCGAGCGUGCUCGAGAUGCUCAACCAGCGAUCCACCGCCAGCUCGACAAAGAGCAAGAAGCCAGCGCCCGCUGCCAAAGUGAGCCGAGCCAAGAAGCCAGCUGCGAGGCAGAUGCAGGAGAGCAUUCAGAUCAGCGAUGACGACGACGACGACGAUGACUUUGUUGAGCACCAUAACGCAGCGCCGGGCGAUGACGACGACGACGACUUUGUCGAGCCGGCGUCGACUUCGAGGCGGACCGCAGCGAGGCCAACACGUCGAAGCGGCCGGGCUGUGACGGAUCGGAUCGGUUCCACGUCGACCGAAACGCCCCAGGCAAAGCAGGCAAAGAUGAGCGCAUACUCGCAUCGCAAGCAACCACGCGUACUGUGUCUGUUCGACGUGGACGGCACACUCUCGCUCGCACGCCAGACCAUCACGCCCGAAUUCAAGGCUCUCCUCGCCCAACUCCGCCAGCACUGCGUCAUCGGCGUUGUGGGUGGUAGCGACCUCAAAAAGGUGCGCGAACAGCUCCAGAUCAGCGCAGCCGACUUUGUCACCGAGUUCGACUACGUCUUUGCCGAAAACGGUCUCACCGGCUUCCGCGAUGGCCAGCUGCUCGCCUCGCAGAGCUUCAUCGGCUGGCUCGGCGAGGAAAGGUACCAGAAGCUCGCCAAGUUCUGCCUCAAGUACAUCGCCAACCUCGACCUGCCCAUCAUGCGCGGCACCUUCAUCGAGUUCAGGAACGGCAUGAUCAAUGUCUCGCCCAUCGGCAGGAACGCCAGCAUCGAGGAGCGAAUCGAGUUUGAAAAGUACGACAAGAUCCACAACAUCCGCAACACCUUUGUCGAUGCGCUCAAGAAGGAGUUUGGCGACUAUGGGCUCACGUUUUCGAUUGGCGGUCAGAUCUCGUUUGACGUCUUUCCGCACGGAUGGGACAAGACGUAUGCGCUGCGCAACGUGGCGAUCGACGACGGCAAGGCUGACGGAAGCACCACGGCAAAGCAGCUCGGCUGGGACGAGAUCCACUUUUUCGGCGACAAGACCUACAAGGGCGGCAACGACAACGAGAUCUUUGAGGACCCCAGGACGAUCGGUCAUACCGUCACGGAUCCGCAGGACACGAUGAAGCAGCUCAGACAGCUGUUUGGGUUGAAGUGA